AUGUCGCGAGAAAUACGACUAACAGAUACACCAGCUCCGACACCACUGCCACCACCAUCCUACAACUUGACGCUGAGUCAUGUCUCUAUCGGGCGUGGCACGCAGAACUACACUUGCGACCUUUCCAACAGUACGGCAAUCCCUGUAGCUACAGGAGCAACGGCAUCUCUCUACAAUGUAUCUUGCAUCGCCGCUAACCACCCUGCACUGCUCUCAAUGAUCCCUGGUAUCGCCAUCAAUCUGCCCCUGCCUUCUUCCUCUUCUGCAAUGUCGCCGAUCAACAUGGAUCUGGCUGGCCACCAUUACUUCCUUGAUGCGACUACACCGUUCUUCAAUCUGGAUACCGACAUGCAUUCAUACGGAAUCGGCGCUUUUAAAAAGAUCAAUGGUACUUCGGCGCCGGAAGGUGCUGUGAUCGGUGUGGAUGGAUCUGGUAUGGGAGCUGUGCCGUGGCUCAAGUUGACGGAAAAGGUCGGGNUGGAGGGAAGCCAGAAGUUGAAGGAAGUCUUCAGAGUCAACACUGCUGGAGGACAACCACCUGCUACAUGUCAAGGCCAGCAAGAGAGCAUUCUUGUGCAAUAUGCAGCGGAGUAUUGGGUUUACGUUUGA